UUACAGAGAUGGGUGUUGGACAUAAAACAUCUGGCCCACAAGAGGAUUAUUUAAAGUCAGGCAGCUGUGACCCGCUGCUCACAGUCCAUUGCAUCUCUUGAACCAUGUCUAUCCCGCUCCUUGUCCUAUCUGCACUGAUGCUGGGGUCAGUCGCACCCCAGCACAACACCGACCACUACGACAUGGGAUGGGUCAACGCAUAUCGCCAAGGUUUCAACUUCCAGUGCCCCCAUGGAGAGGUGCUGGUGGCUAUACGGAGUUAUUUCAGUGAAAAAGAGGGUUCAGAUCGUCUGUGGAGCUUCGAAUGUCAGGCCACACCAGAGGGUCUGGGACAACCCACGGACUGCUGGUGGGACGACAUCAACCGUGCCGGGCUGGAGUGGACAUCCACCUGCUCUCGUAAUGGUCUUGUUGCUGGAGUCCAAAGCAAAUACUUUGAGUCUGUCCUGGACCGAGAGUGGCAGUUCUACUGCUGCUACUACACACGCCGCUGCCCCUACUCCUGCAUGAAAACCACAGAUGUCCCAGAGUACUACAGGGAGGAGGGUGAGAUGGUUGUGCCCAGUUAUGGAUACUUCAUCAGAGGAGCUCAGACGACCUUCAGUGGCGUGCUCAGGGACCGACAGUGGAAGUACAUCAUUUGCAGGAUGACAGACUUUGACUGUGACUAUGAGAAUUUAUAAGCUGCACUUUAUGUAUUAUAAUACCCAUUAUAUUCUACUUUGUACUUUUCACCUGUCAAAAUAUUCACUCAGCAUUUUUAAACCUGUAUCACAGUAGUUUCA